UGUUGGAUAUUAUUUCAAUUUGAUCUAGGACUAUUAGACACACACCAGCUGGUGUGGAGGUAAGCAAAACAGCAAGCUUUGUUAAAUGUGGUAGUUAAGUUUUUUUAGUAGUAGCCAACAGUUUGAGGAACUGGUGUUGAUAUAUAAAUAUAUCACUCCGAAGUGCAGGAGUUCUAGUUUGCUUGUAGCAUUAAUGUAGCAUUAUUCGUAUUUUGACUGCUAAAUGGCCUCGUAGUUCAGAGGAACUAGUUACACUAGGGGGGGUCGGGGUUGGGGGAUGAACACCAGACAACACAUAUCAGACUGAGAGCGUGUUUGUUUACCACAGCACACAAUAACACCCAAAACACUCAUUUUUCCCAUUAAGAAUAACGGCCUAGAUCCAGUGUUCCUAAUGUGGGCAUGAUGUUAAGUGCAGAAUGACGACAUGACUCUCGAGGUCUAUUUCUCACACGCCUCAACUUUUCCCUAUCAGCUACGAGCUAUUUCAUCAUUUCAUAAAAGCGUAUAAAUGAAACACUCAAAAUGUCAACAUUCAUACGAUGCUGUUCAGAUUUACAUGUUAACUGGUGCCAUAAAUACGAAAAAAAAAAUGUAGGCUACAAUAUAAUGUUUAAUGUACCUUACUUUUUGGGGGGUGGGGGGAGGGCAAAAACUACCUCCUACAUGUUUCACUACAUAAAUACUUAAAUCUUCCUCUUCACAGUGAGUGAUUUUGUAGGCUAAUGUAGAGCUGCGACAGUCAUAAAGUUAAGAAGUGGUACAGUCUUCGGUGGAGGGCUUUAACAUUGUAUGACGUGUCUUUCUGACACAAGUAGGGAAUUUUAUUUAAUUAUUCAUUUGUAAGAACGCCUUUCACACUCUGGUGGUUACUGGAUCAAAGGUCAGAAGAUUAAUGACGGAAUAACAGCAAGAAUUUAGAAAUAAAAAGUCCAGGAAGGCGGACAAGGAGGAGGACAGAACUUGUAAAAUACAACAAAAUGAAAACUAAAACAUUCAGAUCAAGUAGGCUGAGAGUCUGAACUACAAGUCGGCACAGUCAGUUCCAGCCAAUCCCAUCGCAGGAGUCUCCUCCUCCGUCACUCCUGUCUUAGCUCUGUGAGUUUAUAAGGGUCAGCAGACCAGAUUACAUUCGCUUGUUGAGCUGCUUGUCCGCUUCUGUGGCCGAGAUGUCGGUUUUAGCGCACGCCUGCGCUUUGGUGAUAAAGAUCCUCAUGCUGCCGCUGCUGUUGGCGGAGCUUCUGGGUCUGUUACGACUCUAUAAGCGCGUGUUUCCCGCUCUCAUGUACAGGUUCAGCUUGUCGUACAACAGCCAGAUGAAUGAGAAGAAGCGCGAACUGUUCCGCGAGCUGCUGCGCUUCUCCCCCCGCGAUGGGCCGCUGCGCCUGCUGGAGGUGGGCUGCGGUAGCGGGGCCAACUUCCAGCACUACCCGAGCGGCUGCAAGAUCACCUGCACCGACCCUAACCCUCAUUUCAAGGAUUACCUGCAGAAAAGCAUGGACACGAACGACCACCUGGUGUACGAGGACUUCGUAGUGGUGCCUGGGGAGGACCUGAGGGUCGUGGAGGACAAUUCUAUGGACGUGGUGGUCUGCACACUCGUUCUGUGCUCGGUUAAAAACACACCCAAGGUUAUCCAGGAGGCCAAAAGAGUCCUGAGACCGGGUGGAGCGUUCUUCUUUUUGGAGCAUGUGGUGGCCGACCCGUCGACCUGGUUAUACUUCUUUCAGCAUGUUUUCCAGCCUUUCAUGUACUACUUUAUUGAUGGCUGUGAGACUACUCGUGCCACCUGGAAGCACUUAGAGGCAGCUGGUUUCUCCGACUUGCACCUUCGCCACUUUCAGGCACCAUUGUUCAUCCUCGUCAGACCACACAUUGUCGGUUACGGCGUGAAAUAAUGGCAGCACAAACAGUCAGUGCCACAGCUCAGUGGACUAUCAGAUAUUUUUAUAUCACAUCUAUUUUAGACACAAAAGUACUUCUAAUGUAACUUUUCUAACUUCUAUCACUAAAAAUGUUUUAAUAAGUGUAAGACUUUCUUAUGUAAUAAGAAGAUUGUGUUACCAACUACUAAUAUGUAGUAUUUCAUGAGAUUUGUGAACAGUAUGUCCCUUACAUGAAACAUGUAUUCAAGAUUUGUAAUGUAUUUCACUGAAGUUUGAAACUGGAAAUACCACAAAGUCCAGUCUGAAGUUAUCUGUUUUGGUGUGUGAGAGAUUAUGAAAGAGUUGUAUUGCCAUCUAGUGCCCAGGAGGCAUAACUGUGAAUUUUUCCAGAUAAAUACUGCAGCAAAGCAAAGGACACAAAUACCUUUGAUGGAAUCCUGUGCUUACUGUAUGCAGUGCUGUUCAUUUCUGAGAACAAUAUGGCCAAUCAGCACAUACAAACACAAUAUGAUAAGAGUAAAGUAAAAGACAAUGCCCUACAUAGUAAAACAUUACAGCAAAGUAUUUAUUAAUACAAGUACCACAGUAAAACCAAGCCUUACUAUUAUACCUUAUGAAUUAUGAAGUUAUCAAACAUGAUAUAUUAAUGUAUUGUACCAGUAAGAGGAUAAGAGGAACUGAAAGCUCAUUUAUGAGGUUCUUGACAGACUUUGUAAAGAGAUACGUGGCAAAUGAAGACAAUAAUUUACCAGUAUUAUGUGAUAAAUAUGAGCAGAGAUAAGACAGAAGUGUGAUAAAUAACAGUAGAGUACAACAGGCCUGAAAUUGUCCUGGGGUAAAAGGUACCCUGGAUUUUAUUUUACAGAAAACAAGUAACAUCUACGGAGCCCUCUCCUUAACACCUGUGUUAAGUGCUUGAGUAUUUUUUGCUGCUUUAAUAGGUGAAUUACUAGGCUGCUUUCUUAAAACUAGAAUUUAGAUAAAAUGCCAUUUGAUCAUGAACUGCUUUUAUGAUCCUUUAACAGUUUUUCUGAUUUUUAGCAAGCAUUUUCACUUUUUUUUAAAAAAACUUUUAGUACAGUCAGCGCAGCAACACUCUGUUUGAAACAAAACAUUUACUGUUUUUUCCCUGCUUGAAUAAGAUAUGCAUUUAACACCAUUUCCCAGGUUCUUUCAUUCAAUAAACUGCAUAUCAGCUUGCU